GGGAGAGGGAGAGGGAGAGAGAGAGAGCCCAAGGAAUCUGAACUGUUACUACAGCAAUUACCGCUGUGUUCUGCUGAGAAUUAAGGAUAUGCAGAGACAUACUUGUAGAUAGAGGGGACAGACCUCAAAAUUACCAGCUGCUGGAUCCCCUCUAUUUCCAUCCCUUCCACUCUGUCAUCCCCUCCGUGCGGGAAGCAGGGCUGUGCGAUUCGGGAGACGAAGAGGAGAAGGAAGCGCUGCACGCAUGUGUCUCCAGGUAUGAGGCCAUCACGGCCAGUGUCGCCACCCUGUCGCCAUGACGAUGCCACUCAGCCCCCUCUCCAGUGAUGAGGAACAGCAAAGGAUGCUGGGAAAAAGUCAACACUUCUAUCCAGGGGCAGAAGACGAGGAUGGAGAGGAAGAAGAUGAUGAGGAAGAGGCAGAGGAAAACCACACAGAGGAGCGAGGUGAUAAAGAGAAUGGAGAGCUAGAAGGAGAGGAAGAAGAAGAAGAAGUAAAAGAGAUGCAAAAAGGUGGCCAAUCUCGUGGUGGCAGGGAGGAGGGGCCCAGACAGGCAGCCAACAUGAUUGGACAACCAAUGGCAGACAGACAAUUACGACCAAGCAACCUGGGACAUGUCAGAAACCCUCAUUUGUCUAACCCGGGACCCGCCCAUCACCAACCUGCCAAUCAGCAGCAGCCCCUCCACCCAUCAGCCAGUCGGCAGCAGCUAAGACGACUGAGGGAGCGCAGCCAGAGCACGGUGACCCCCGGCGAAGACACGCAGAUCUCCAUGAUGGUGUUCCGCAUCGGCAUCCCCGACAUCAAACAAACGCAGAAGUGCUUGCGGUUCAACCCGGAUGCCACAGUGUGGUGCGCCAAACAGCAGGUGCUGUGCUCACUCACGGAGACGCUCCGAGACGUGCUCAACUACGGCCUCUUCCAGCCGGCCACUGACGGCCACGACGCCAAGUUCCUGGAGGAGGAGAGGUUUCUGCGGGACUACCCACAGUCCUUUGAGAAAGGCGUGCCGUAUCUGGAGUUUCGCUACAAGACCAGAGUGUAUAAGCAGACAAAUCUGGAUGAUAAGCAGCUAGCCAAACUGCACACUAAGGCCAGCUUAAAGAAGUUUAUGAGCUAUGUUCAAGGCGGUAUGCUGGAGAAGAUGGCGAAGUUAUUGGACAAGGGGCUUGACCCAAAUUACCACGAUUCUGAUAAUGGGGAGACACCCCUGACAUUGGCAGUGCAGACUGAGCAGGCCAGCGCAGAGGGCAUCAGGCUUCUGGUCAUGGGCGGCGCUCACAUCGAUUUCCGGGCCAAGGAUGGACUCACGCCCAUGCACAAGGCCGUCAGGAGCCACAAUCAUGCUGGGCUGCUGACCCUUUUGGCUCUAGGGGCAUCGCCAGACUACAAAGACCGCUGGGGUCUGACCCCCUUGUACCACAGUGUGCUGACAGGGGGCGACACCUCCUGCUGCGAGACGCUGCUGUACCAUCGAUCCAAGCUAGGAGUGAGAGAUGAGAACGGCUGGGACGAGAUGCACCAGCUCAGGGACGAAGAGGAGUAUGGGAUGCAAGAGAUACACAAGGCCUGCCAGAACGGCCACGCCCAGCAUCUGGAGCACCUCCUUUUUUAUGGUGCUGACUCCAGUUCCCAGAAUGCCUCUGGAAACACCGCCAUGCACAUUUGCGCUCUGUAUAAUAAGGAGAGCUGCGUCCGCAUCCUGCUGUACAGAGGAGCCAGUAAAGAGGCGAAGAACAAUAAUGGGCAAACCCCUUUCCAGGUAGCUAUCAUGUCCGGCCAUUUUGAACUGGGAGAGAUCAUCAAAAACCACAGCGACGCAGACGUAGUGCCCUUUCUUGAGACACCCAAGUACGCCCCCCAGAGGCUAGACAGCGCCCGCACGCUGGCCCUGCCCCGGCCGCACCCUCUCCUUCGCGCCAACAGUGACAACACCAUGAACGUUCCGGACUGGAUGGGCCCCCCCGGUGUUGCCGCCAGCAACGCUGUGUCAGUGCAGGGGUACAAGAACCCGAGCUCCUCACGCAGUUCCAGCAGCCCUCGGGGGGCUCGCACCCGCUCCCCGUCCCGGGGGAGGGGUGGAGAUAAAGAGGAGAAGGGCCGGCAAACUCGUGGACGGCAGGGGCCCAUGUCGGCCAAUAGCACGGCGUCUGCGGGAGGCCAGAGGCGACGGCUUUACAGUGCCGUGCCGGGGCGUGUCUUUGUGGCCACACGCUCUCACUCUGCUCAGGGGGACCGAGAGAUCAGCAUCAGCAAAGGGGACAAAGUGAAAGUGCUGAGCGUGGGCGAGGGGGGAUUCUGGGAGGGCACGGUGAAAGGCCGCACGGGCUGGUUUCCCUCCGACUGCGUGCAGGAGGUGCCGGCGCAAAGCCAGGACAGCCGCUCAGAGAGCCGCAGCGAGAAGGCGAAGAAGCUCUUCCGGCACUACACGGUGGGCUCCUACGACAGCGUUGAUGCCCCCAGUGACUACAUCAUCAAAGAGAAGACCGUGCUCCUGCAGAAGAAGGACAACGAGGGCUUUGGCUUUGUGCUGCGGGGUGCCAAAGCUCAGACUCCAAUCGAGGAGUUUACUCCAACCCCAGCAUUCCCGGCGCUGCAGUACCUGGAGUCGGUUGAUGAGGGGGGAGUAGCCUGGAGAGCUGGCCUGCGAAUGGGAGACUUCCUUAUUGAGGUGAACGGUCACAAUGUGGUGAAGGUGGGGCACCGGCAGGUGGUCAACAUGAUCCGCCAAGGAGGCAACAGCCUCAUGGUCAAAGUCGUCAUGGUAACGCGCAACCCGGAGAUGGAGGAGGCGUCCAGGAAAAAAGUUCCCCAGCAGAGUAAGAGACUGACUCCACCUGCAAUUGCAUUGCGCUCCAAAUCCAUGACCUCAGAGCUGGAGGAAAUGGAAUUCGAGGCUUCGCAGGUUUCGGAGAAGAAGAGGACGGUCUAUCAGAUGGCAUUAAAUAAGCUAGAUGAGAUCCUGGCGGCUGCCCAGCAGACUAUCAGCACUUCUGAAGGACAAGGGCCACGGCCUCAUGGUGGAAAGCGAGACAAGAACAGAGGCAUCUACUCCAAUGAACAGGCAAAUUACGACCAAUCAGGAGUCGGCAUGAUGUCAUCGGGAUCAGGGUUUGGCUAUGACCGAGCACAAUUAAUGUCAGGCCAUGCUCCACAGCACGGUAUGAUGCUGCGACAGAAAUCCAUCGGUGUUACAGAGGAGGAGAAGCAGUACCUUCACCCUCCGGCUAUGAAGUUCUCACGCAGCCUAUCGGUUCCUGGCUCUGAUGACAUCCCUCCGCCCCCCACCACUGCCCCACCUGACCCUCCUUUCUCUGCAGGGCCCUCCUUGGGCUGGAGAGGGAAACAGCUGCAGAAACAGCCCUCAGUUUCGGUGUCCCAGGCUUCCACGUCGUCGCAAUACCAGCUCUACUCGCAGGCAGUCCACUAUUCCCAGACAGGCCGUGGAGGGCCGGGUGGCGGCAGCGGGGGUGUGGACCAUGCAGCCCCUUUCUCCCACCCUUCGUCGCACCCCUCCCACCCUCAGCCGAGUCGGCCCACUCGCAAAGGCAGCAUGUACGUUGGAGAAUCUGUAGGAGCCGCAGCAGGGAGGGCGGCAGUUUUGAGGAGGGGCUACAGCAAUGCCGUCCCCCCAUCCAGCGUGGCUCCCAUGAGCCAGCAGCAGCCGUCUGUGCAGAGCCAGGCCUCCCAGCAGCCAGUGUCCCGCAUGGACAGGGGCGGAGCAGGCCAGGCGGGUGGCGGGGGUGCACCCAAAGGAGGUGCCAGGAGAGGAAAGGGCCACUUAGUCAAACAGUCCAAAGUUGAGAACCAGACACCCACGCACGCUCUCAAGUCCCAAGUCCCUGUGGAAAAAAGCUCCAUCCCCAUCCCGACCAUCAUUGUUAAGGCACCUUCCACGAGCAGCAGCGGCCGGAGCAGCCAGGGCAGCAGUGUGGAUGCAGAGCCACCACCAGACACUGAAGCCAAACCAUCGCCCGGAGAGCCCGCCGAGCCCCCAACAUCCACCCCCAGCCCUGCGGCGGGAUCGACUCCAGCAAACCCCGUCCCCUCAUCCACCUUCCGACCUUCUCUCCCAUCCCUCCGUGCCCAGGAGAGCGUGGAUUUCACCAGUCAGUUCGGGGCAGCCAUAGUUGGGGCGGCCCGCAGGGACAGGGAGCGAUUCCACGAAGCACGAAGGAAGAGCGCGUCCUUCUUCAUCUCAGCUGAGGAUGAGGUUGGAUUGGGAUUGGGUGGAGGGAGGACCCCGACAACGCAGCAGCACAGCGCCCAGAUGGAGAACCCGUCCCCCCGCCUGCGCCCAUCCAAAUCCAUUGACGAGGGCAUGUUCUCUGGAGACACCUUCAUCCAUCAUGCACGCAGCAUGCCCCCCGCAUUCGGGCUCCCGGAAUAUUCUACGCCAGCACCCGCUGGUGACUACCAGCCCAAAUCUGUACCAACUGAUUUCUAUCGGGCAGGGAAACAGCCAGCUACCACCUUCAUCCACCCAUUGACUGGGAAGGUUCUGGAUCCCUCUUCCCCACUUGGCCUGGCCCUGGCUGCUAGGGAGAGGGCCCUAAAAGAUGAUGGGAGGAUGCGCAGGGAGAGGGGCGAGCACCACUUUGGGCGCCAGCUCUCCAGUGUCGGGGCCUUCCCGUCUAUCGCCACCUCACCAUCCCUGCUACCCCACAUCGCCUCCUCCUCGACCGCCUCGGUUUCCCAGUCCUCCAGCUCCUCUUACCUCGUCACAUCUUCCUCUCUCGCUGCCACCACCUCCACACCAGGCCGCCCACCUUCCCCGAGGAUAUACCGUAGUGGAGGGGUGUGGGAUGAGGAGGGCAGUGAGAAGGAGAAAGAAGUGGGACCCAGGGAGGGGUUGAGAGUGCGAUUUUCAGAAGAUAAGCCAAUCCACACACAUCAUUACCAGUCGCAGAACUAUCAGCUAGGCUACAGGGAGCGGGAGAGGGAGGCGUACGGGAAGAAGCCGGAGCAGCAGGCUUCCCAGCUGCAAUCCCAAUCCUCUUCCCAUCAAGCCCCACCACAGAGACCCACUUUCUUGCGCAUGGAAAGUGACACCAAUGCCUCGAUCCUCUCUGUGACUCCCCCCUCCCCUCCCCCGGUGGCCCCAGCCCCCACAAAGGGCAGCGAAGGAGGAGAAAAUGGAGGCUUGGGUUUGAUGGUACUUCCGCCUCCUGCCCCCUCAGUAGACAUAGAUGAUGAGUUUGUUUUCGCUGACCCCUUGCCUCCACCUCUACAAUUCGCCAAUAGCUUUGAUAGGGGUCUGGGAGGAAUGUCAGGGUAUGGUCAUCAGGGAGGAAUGAUUACCAGUAACCUACACGCUUCCAUAAAGCCUCCACCACCUCCUCCUCCCCCUCCACCUCCUCCCCCACCUCCAUCAGGACAAAAAGAGCCUUUCAUAGGAAGUUUUCCUUCCCACACGCCACUUACAUCCCCCCAGGCGGGGGAUUCCACCACAUCCAGCCUUACGUCCUAUGACAGUGAGGUAGCCAACCUAACCCAAUCAGCCCUCUCCCCUUCCUCCUCCUCCUCCCGCCCUUUAGCUCCACCAUCACCCUCCACCCUCCAGCCAUCUCUGUCAGAAUCGUCAGCCCCUGCUUCGAUCUCUCCUCCCACCACCUCCACCUUCCAUAGACCCCUAUCUGUCAGUCACUCUCACCAUCUCUACAACAGCACACAGAAUGCGGGACACUCCUCUCCCACCCCUCCCCCUCUUUCUGCUCCUUCCACGACCACCGUAGUGGUCCGCAGUCCCACCCCCACAGCCAAUUCUGCCCAAGACAGGGGGAUAUCUGUUGCGACCACGACUGUGAGCUAUGUGAGCACCACCCCAACCUCAACUGCACCUACACCCACCACAACCACCCUUAUGCACUUGGAGCAUGCGGCAACCACUACCGCAAGUGCGGGUGGGGGCAAGACCAUCGACCAAACCCACACUUCCGCCAAAAGUGGGGAGUCCCUGGAGACCGUGGUAGAUUCUGGGAUUGAGGAGCUGGACAGUCGCAGCAGUAGUGACCACCAUCUGGACAACAUCUUAGGGAUGGGAGGAAUGAGAGGGGAAAAGGGAGAAAGAAUAGGGGGGGUGCCAGGGGACAGGGGCAGUGGCAUCCUCGAUUCCUAUAUGACUUAUUUAGAUGGGCAAACGUUUGAGAUGCACAACUCAAAGACAGCGCCCUCUACCUACCCAAAAGUACAGCGCUACAAGGAAGGUGGGAGGUCGGUGCCAGACCUUCAUCGACAGACCAACACUGCGCCGCCCUCCUUUCACACCCAAAGACAGAGAGAGGAAGUGGCCGAGGAAGUCUUAGAAGGCGAGGAAGUCAAUGAGGAAGAGAAUGGACAUGAGGGCUAUAGAGUUCGGGAGAGCCAGAGCUUGGGGACUCAUUCCUCCCUCUAUAUUGAGAGGCCUCGGACACCAGAGCUAAAACCCCUCUGGGGAGAAGGGGGCACUGGGGGGGGGCCUGAAGGCACAGGAGAAGAGGGGACGCACGGGGGUGUUGUAUUUCUGGAAGGACGGAAAUUGCACCCCCCUCUCUCAAGUAUGAAAGCCAGCAUCAUCAACGAACUGAGUUCCAAGCUGCAGCAGAUGGGCAACAAAAGCAUGGAGGGCUGGGGAGGACAGAGGUCCCUGGCUAGACACAGGUUCUCUGAAGACUCCUCCUCGGCCCUGAGCCCUCCAACCCCCACAGCUCGUUCCCCCUCUCCACUGCCCACCUCUCCCACUCUAACUCCCCAGCCAGCCCUGUCCCCAACGCCCUCGCCCUCCCCAUCAUCUCAGCCAUCGCUCUACCCCAACUGGGCCCGCUCUCCGUCCCCGCAGCCCCCUACCGCACGCUCCCAGUCCCCACAAACCCACUCCCCCCUGUCCCCCUCCUACUCCCCAUACCCUACCUCUCCCAAGCACAGACACUCAUACCGAAGCAAGGCCUUGGAAUUCCAGUUCGCCCCAAGCCGGGAAUCCAGAAGGUCUGAGUCUCACAGCCAUUCCCACCACUUACAGCGCCGCCGUGCACCCAGCCCACUUAUCUCUUUGUCUGAUAGGCCAAAGCUUGGCCCCCCUCGUCCUUCCUCUCUUCCGAUUCUUCCUACAACACCCUUAUAUGGCAGCCCCUAUGAAUUAAGGGGUUCCAUCACCCCGCCGUCGCCAGCCAAUCCCCUGGGAGACCCCUACUUCUCACCUUCACCGCCUCUCUUUGCUCCCUCCGGGGCGCCCCCUCCCAAUUCCUCACUGGUGGUCUCCCGCUCCCUCUCCCCAACCCAAUUCCUAUCAGGCACGUCCUCUCCUCCGCUGCAUCCGCUCCCGCCGCCAGCUUGCCUCAGCUAUCCGCACCUGCCCCUGCCUCCGUCCACCAAGCCCUUUGCCUCCAAGCCUCUCCCGUACUGGACGAAAUACGACGUUGCCGACUGGCUGGGCUAUCUGAACUUGGGAGAGCACAGGGAGAAGUUCUUGGACAAUGAGAUCGACGGCACGCACCUCCCCUCCCUCACCAAGGAGGACUACCUGGACCUGGGGGUGACCCGUGUUGGUCACCGCAUGAAUAUCGAGCGAGCAUUGAAAAGGCUGAUGGACAGGCUCUCUUCACCAUUCCCUGUCUCUGCUCUACCCCCCCGAGAGGGUCAGACCGAUCGAAGGAGAAGCGAAGAGACAUGAAGCCAAGAAGACAUAGUGAAAGAGAAGGGGAUGAGGAAAAGAAUGGAGAGAGAGCAAGAGAGAGAGAGAGAGAGAAAGAAAGAGAUCACAACUGUAAAUAUUGGAUUGGCAGACCGUUGGAAGCAUGGUUUACUGUCACUGACAGUAGCGGAUUAAUAAAAAGAGAAGAAAAAGAGAAGAGCAGAUGGGAAAAGAGAGGAAGAGAAGCGAAGGGUUGGGUGGACGUGUGUACCACAGACAGACUUGUGUGCACAAAUCACGACACAGCACACACACAGAGACACACACUCACACAGAGGUACAAUGUCAUUUAAAAAUACACUAAACACACUAACAUAUGAACAGACUUAAAUAAAUGUUAAAUUACAUGACAUAUUUGAACAGUAACAUUUUGAGAAAUAUAGAUGUAUAUAUAUAUAAAACUAAAAAGUUUUACAGCCAGACCUUUUGAUCUCACUUAUUUGUAAGUUUAGGAGGAGAAUGGCAACUUUUGUGCUUGAGAGUGUGAGAAAGAAAAAGAGUGGAGAUAAAAGUAUUAACAAACAGCUACAUGCCUUGGCCCCCACGCCUGUUCAAUUCAAUCAUGUUUUCACACUCUCCUAUUUUUCUGGUUUGAUUUUGGCCACUUUCCCUGUUACUAGGGAAAUAAACACUGCAUUGUGGAGGUACUUGUGUACUUGCUUUUUUCCCACUCAGUGACAACAUCCCAGCUGGUGCAGAGCUCUGUAUAGGAGACUCCACUGCUGGCAAGAACUACCGUUUGAUAACUCCUAUUUGACUAGAAACUGACCUCCUCUCAGUAAACUGUGCCGCUUGCCACAGAACCCUUAUCAACCACGACUUUAUCUAUAAGACAUCUCAGUAGGCUCUCAUAUUUGUUACAUUUAUGUUUUGACACACAAAAGCAGCUCCCCAUACACAGAGACAAGCGCAGAGUCACACCUGCGGACGCUGGAGGAAGCGGGAGUGUGCAGACGUACAUGGGAAGUUGUUGAUAAACUGGGAGGCGCCUCAAAACGAUCACCAAGGAGACUUUUUAAAGUCACAUUUUUUAGAGAAAAAAUGCCGCAAAAUUAUAUUGACAAUAAAGGCAAACUACAGACUGCUGUAACAUCAAAGCGACGGCUGCACCUACAGCAAGAAGGAGGACAAUUAUGAAACUUUUAAUUGGAGAGAGAGAGAGAGAAGUGGGACAUUUGGGAGAAGAGACUUAUAAGACUAUUGCUCCCUUACCCACUCUAUCCAGCCCUUCCAAAAAAACUCUUUAUAAGGAAAUUAAACAACUGAACAAAUUAUUAUGGGUGAAUGAAUGAACAAAUGGAUGAAUGAACGACUGAGUGAAUAUAUAUUUGCAUCUGAGUUGAAAUGCUGAUUGUUAAGCAGUUUAAGUGGAAUAAGCAUCUUGUCAUUCAUAUAAUGAGAAUUAUUAUUACUGUCAUUAUUAUUAUCACCUUCAUAAAUGUUACUGCCAUUACUGUUCACUGCGGUUCCAUUGCUAUUCGUCGAAGAAAUUAAUUUUGUAUCAUUUUUGAGUUAUAGUCCCUCCCAUGAACCUAUAAACUUCCAGCAUGAUUGGGCAAAACAAUUUCACGGUGAUUUAAAACUGAAUAGGGUAGGGGACACAGCAGGUAUGACAUACAGUUUAUUUACGAUAGUGUAAUUGCAAAUGAGAGUUAAGUUUGUGCAGCCUAUAUGUGAAUGGUUGCCAGGUUUCGUCAAUAGCAACAGGAUUUAUGAAGUAUAUAUUUAUUCUGUACUCUUUUAUAUAGAGCUGUCUGCUAUCUCAAAUUCAAAGAAAAAACCUUUUGCUAGUUUUAGAAAAAAAAAAAAGCAGGUAUGCAGACGGAUGGUGACGGCUUGAUUUUGCGCAGUCCCAGAUGUUCGACACACGGAGGAUUCACUUCUCCUUCGCCCAUCUUUUCAGUUUUUAUUCUCCCUUAUUUGUUAGAGAUAUCAAAUCAACAAGGGCUCUACUACCUUCCAGGUCUGUUGGUUUACGUUUAAUCUUCUGAGUUCUUUCUUGCCAACUUUCUUCAUCCUGCAAACCCACAGACUUUGUGGGCCAGCCUUCAGAGGCACUUUCAUAUGGGGGGGGGGGGUUCCUGUUUAUUUUUUAUAUUUUUAUGGUCUGUUGAAAAAGGAUGAAGGUGGCCCAUUUCACAUGCUAUAAACAUGAAUUCAAAACAAUUGGGUAAAAUAUGCUACUGCUUCCUAAAUAUAAUGCCACUGACACAUUCAUGACAAUAGUUAUAAUAACAAUCAUGAUAACAGCUAGCAUUAUAAAAGUUUUAUAGAAUCUCUGUCUUCCAGAUGUUUGAACAUGAAGCAAAUGUACACUUUGUUCAUUUACUGAAAUGCUUUCUACACAACUUGCUCUAGUCCCUCUGUUAUCUGUCUCUCUCUCUCUUUCACAGCAACAUACAGUGUGUCUGGGCCACCCUGCUAUUCUUUUGGAUCUCAGCUCUCUCUCUCCAAUCCUGCACAGUCACAGUGAAGUAUCGAUGGCCAUGCCUUUACUUUCCAUUUAUUCAUCUUCCUUUAAGUUAAUUUUAAUCAUUAUAUAUUGUUAUUCAGUUGCUGUAGUCCAGGUCUAAAUAUAAGACCUUGUAAUAAUUGAAAAUAAUUAUCACCACUUACUUCAGUUAGAUAUUGUCAGAAUGGAGUAUGAAAGGGUUUACUGGUCAAUAUUUAUUACACUAAAUAUGUAAGUCAAACCAGGUAUCAACGCUACGCAAGUAUGAGAGAGUAUCAUUGUGAUGAAGGGAUUGGCCAGAGAGUAUAGAAAGCAUUACUGUUUCACUUAAAAGAAUAUUUUAAAAUUGUAAAGAAACAAAUAUCAUACAAUAUGAAAACAUGAGAUAUUAUUUGGAGAUAUAUAUAUAAUGUAUAUGUGAUUCACAUAUACACAUAUGCCUACACAUACAGUAUAUGAAUUACUGUUUUAAGAGAUGAAAAAUAAUGGUUAUAUAAUAUUAGU